AGCAGAGAAGAGAAGAGAAGAGAAGAGAGGAGAACAGAGACAUCGAUUCUCUGUAGAAUUUAACGCGCCCACAUCUUAAGCAAAAAACAUUCAAAAUUAUACUCGAAAUGGAUAUGACCUCAACAGCGGAGGCUGCCGCUCGCAGCUGGUACGACAGUCCGCGCUUAGGCGGCGGCGGUGGCGGCGGCGGUUCACCACAGACAAACGGAUUGGGCAGCGCCGGCAGUAGCCUGGCCCACAGCCAUCACAGCCUGUCCAGCGGCGCCUCAUCGGCGGGCAGCAGCGUCGGUGCCGCCCUCGGUGGUGGUGGAGGUGGCGCUGGCACCGGCCUGGGACUGGAUACCAGCGAUAUGAGCGCAUUCUAUGCGCUGGAAAGCAAUGGACACCAUCGACGCUACUAUCCCAGCUAUCAUCAGCACACAUCCCGCAUGCCCUCCUCACAUGCCACGCCCCAAGUGUGCCGUCCGCACUUUCAUACGCCGCUCAGUCCCUGGCUGACCAGUGAACACAAAUCGUUUGCACCCGCCAGUGCCUGGGGCAUGGGUCAGUUCGCCUGCCCCCAGGAACCGCAAGUGGAGCACAAACUGGGCCAGGUGGGCCAAAGCCAUCAGACGACGGCAGCCGGCCAGCACUCGUUCCCAUUCCCACCAACACCGCCAAAGGACUCCACGCCCGACUCAGUACAAACCGGUCCAUCCGAGUACCAGGCCGUGAUGAACGCUUUUAUGCACCAGCAGGCCACGGGCUCUACCUCACUGACGGACGCCAGUUGUGCGCUGGAUAUCAAGCCCUCCAUACAGAAUGGUGGCGCAUCCGUUGCGCAUGCCGGCAGCGCUGGACCCGCCCAAUCCUCGGCGCCCAAGCAGCGCGAAGGUAGUACUAACAACAACAACAACACCAACAAUACAAAUAGCUCAAAUAGCAGCAGUAGCAGCGCCAAUCAAGCGCCGCAGCAGCAGCAGCAGCAACAACAGCAGCAGCAACAGCAGAAUAGCAACAACAACAACAACAACAACAGCAAUGCCUCCUCAUCCGCAUCCGCAUCGACAUCGAAUGGACUAUUCGAUGGGACCGCCCAGGCGCACUAUGCGGCGAACAAUGCGAACAGCUACGACAGCAGCUAUGCCUCGUAUCACCAUGCGGCGGCACAGCAUCAAGCGGCUGUUGCUGCGGCCAAUAUGUUCCAAAGUUCCUCCGUGGCAGCAGCGGCUGUGCGGCAUAGCAUGGGUGCCGCAGCGGCGGCGGCAGCGCAUCACCACCAUCAUCACAGUCAUGGCCAUCAUCAUAGUGCAUCCGCCUCCGCCGGUCCGGGUGCGGGUUCCGGCUCAGGUCUGCAUGGUGGCGGCGGUGGUGGUGGUGUUGGUGGUAUGAGUGGCAUGGGCGCUAUGAGCAGCGGCGGUCAUAGCAGCUCCAGUGGCACUGGCGGCGGCGGCGGCGGCGGUGGAGGUGUUGGUGGUGUUGGUCUCGAUGUGAAACCCGUGCGCACAAAGCCCAGGACGAGUGCUGAGGGCCGCGAGUGCGUUAACUGUGGUGCGACCUCAACACCACUGUGGCGACGCGAUGGAACUGGACAUUAUCUGUGCAAUGCGUGCGGACUCUACUAUAAAAUGAAUGGACAGAAUCGGCCCUUGAUCAAGCCAAAGCGAAGACUGACAUUACAGUCGCUGCAGAGCGCGGCCAAGCGGGCGGGCACAUCCUGCGCCAAUUGCAAGACCACAACCACAACCCUUUGGCGACGCAAUGCCAGCGGCGAACCUGUUUGCAAUGCCUGCGGAUUGUACUACAAGCUGCACAACGUCAAUCGUCCACUUACCAUGAAAAAGGAGGGCAUACAGACGCGUAAUCGCAAGCUCAGCUCCAAGUCGAAGAAGAAAAAGGGCUUGGGCGGCGGCUGUCUACCAAUGGGCGGCCAUUUGGGCAUGGGCGAUUUCAAGCCGCUCGAUCCAUCGAAAGGUUUUGGCGGCGGCUUCUCCGCAUCCAUGGCGCAACAUGGACACCUUUCCAGCGGACUGCAUCCGGCACAUGCGCAUAUGCAUGGCAGCUGGUAUACCGGCGGCAUGGGCGCAUUGGGUGCCUCCAGUGGACUGCAGGGUGGCUUCUCCACGGCAGGCUCCCUUGGGGGCGGUGUUGUGCCCCACUCUCAGCCCUAUCACUUGGGUCUCAGCUCGAUGGGCACAUGGCGCACAGACUAUACGUGAUGGAGCGGGAACAAUUUGAACAACAACUUGUUCAGCUAGAGUAGUGGCGAUUCACAACUUGACUUGAUUUCCAAACACAAUGCCAAACUGAGGACUCCCUUCGCAGCCAUUGACGGGCCACAUGCCACAUGUCACAUGCAGCAGCGCCAGGACACAUAGCAAGGACGCGCCCAAUCUUCACGUGCCGUUGUCUUCUUGUCUUCGAAGAUGUUGCGUUGCCCGCGAGUGUGAGCUCGUCAAAUGCUGCCUAUUCCUAAUUGUAAACAUUGCGUGCAAUUUUUAAUUAUUUAAGUUUUCGUUGUCGGCCAGCUGCUGAAGCAAAAGCCCAUUAAAAUUAAUUAAAGGG